UGCGCAGCUGUCUUAACAGGUAAUUUGCGCUCCUAAUUUUGUCUCAGAAGUCAAUGAUGCUCGUCGAUUUGUUGUGUUUGCUGUUUGGUUGCUCGACUGUUUUGGGUACCAGUGAUUUGUUCUACCGGUGCUAUGAAAAAACAAUUACCGAGUACAGUGACAUAGAAUCAGGGAAUGCGACGAAGCUGAUAAAUCUGUUCAACUACGAGUCGCUUCCCGUAACGUUUUACAUUCACGGUUGGCGGGAGAGUUGUACCAACGAGAGCUCAUUGACGAUCGUGUCAGCUCUAUUAUCACUCAAUACUGGUGGACAUAUUUGCUGCUUUGACUGGAGCACAAUUUCUAAGCACGAUUACGUGUCAGCUGCGAUCAAAGUUCCGGAAGUCGGAAACGUUUUGGGCAGAGAUAUGGCAAGCAUUUCGGAUAUGGGUUUAGCGAUAGACAAGCGCUGGUUUAUCGGUUUUUCGAUGGGAGCUCAUGUCGCUGGAUGUGCGGGGCAAUAUCUAAUUGAAACAAAUCACGACCGUCCCACACGAAUUACUGGCUUGGAUCCGGCUCUUCCACUCUUCUAUCCGCCAUUCAGCGUCGAGAAUUCCUGUCGUUUGAAUUCUUCCCAAUCUCACUUGGUAGACGUCAUACAUACGGAUGGUGGAGUUUACGGCGUUUCUGAUCCAAUUGGAACCUGUGAUUUCUUCCCCAAUUCGGGAGUUCGUUACCAAAAAAACUGUCCCUGGCUGCCAAAUCCGUUUGAUAUUAGUGGAAUACUCCCAACAUAUCGAUGCAGCCAUGACAGAUCUUGGAUGUAUAUGGUAGAGGCGAUAAGAAAUAAGAGCUCGCAUUUAGCGGUACAGUGCAACAAUGCUGAAGAUUUUUACAACGAAUCUUGUAGUGGGAACUUAAUAGUUGCGCUGGGUUCUUACCUCCACGUCAAAUCGUGCUCUGGAACGUAUUACUAUGAGACAAACGGGGAGCCUUUCUAUGGCAGAGGUGAAGAGGGCACGUAUCCCAACAGCCCUUAGUUUUAGUUCGUCACAACGUGGAGAAGACAAUUAGACAGAAAGUGCAAUUCAAACCUCUAAUAUCCUACGUGAACCAAAGAGAAAUGACGAUGGAGACGGU